AUGGACGACAACAUCAACUACUACACUUCGUAUAACGCUCGAUCAAGAAGGGAACUGAAGACAUACCGUGAAUUCUUUUCGAAUCGGGGAGAACCGAGCGUUAUCUACGCUUUUAUCUAUGCCAAGGAUGGACAUGAUCUGCUGAAAGCGUCGCACUUGAACGAAACGGUGCAGGUUCUCGAAAAAAUAUCGCAGGAUUUCUACUUGCGGACUUCAAAAGGCAACAAAAGCUUUGAGCAAUUUUGUGAGGGAUUUUGUACUCUCAACGAUCAGCUUCUCUACUUCUAC